GUCGCUUUUCUGUGAGCACGUCACAAGCAUUCGCGCACAGUCCUCGCGCUCGUCAGUCUAGCGGACGCGCGCGCAGUUCCUUCACAACUACGCCAAGAGAACAAACAGAAACUCUUUAACUGCGUCUAAACUAUCCAAGAAACUUACUGAAUGAUACUUCCAGGAGUACGGGGACAUCACACCUGCCCGCCAGGAUGAGAAUUAAAAAAGUUAAGUGCAUCCUGUUGUGCUUGCUAUGCAUUUGUGUCAUUUCCUUCCAACAUUACUACAAAACUCUGCACUAUACUCCACUGCAUCAAGAGCCUUUCCUCCCAUCCUUGCAACAAAAGACCCUAAAGAUUGUCAGCGAUUUAUUCUGGAACGUGCCGGAUAUCAACUAUUACAAACACCACCUUAAGGGCUUUAUGCGAUCAGAUGUGAUCAGGUUAGAUCCCAUUACGUCAGAUAAAAAACUUCACGAAAGCAACUUUGUUCUCCAAGACGACCUUAAAACCUUUUUCAUCCCCACCAAAUCCGGAGCAUUGUGUUUCAAAGAGGGGACCAAAAUGGUUGAAUCUUCUUUACAACGCGUCAUACUUCACAAGCAGGACAACAACUCUAAAGAAGUUGAAGUCGAGUCGAGCCAGAAUGGGGAUGGAUGCAAAUGUUACCAAGGUUGGCACGGCCCUAACUGUGGCAUACCUACAAUUGUGCAACAUUCAAACCUUCCAACCGAAAUUAAGGCGAAAUUAAGGCCCAGACAAGUUCCACGUCGAGUAAUCAAUGCCAUUAACAUUAACCACGAGUUUGACCUACUACACACUCGAUUUCAUGAACUUGAACAUGUCGUGGACGUGUUUAUAAUUUGCGAAUCCAAUUUUACCGCUUACGGCACCUUGAGACCUCUUUAUUUCCGGCAGCAGCUACUAAACGGAACGUUCAAUUACAUUAGGCACAAGAUCCUUUACGUUUACCUGGAUCAUUUUCCAGCCGGAGGCCGUUCGAACGGCUGGAUUGCCGAUGAUUACCUGCGCACGUAUUUGACCAGAAACGGACUGUCGAGGAUUGAGGGUCUAAAGGAUGAUGAUGUUUUCGUCAUAGAUGACGCGGAUGAAAUUCCUGCACGAGAGGGAAUCCUUUUCCUCAAACAUUACGACGGCUGGACCGAGCCGGUCGGGAUUCACAUGCGAAAAUCGCUGUACGGAUUUUACUGGAAACAGUUCGGAACGCUGAACAUCUUAUCGGCCUGCACGGUGGCUAUGCUCACGAAGGUUUACAACAGGGAUGGAAUUCUUCUUCGACGCCGGGAUUAUUAUACAAUGCCAGGAUUUAGGGAAUAUGAGAAUUCCACCGGACGCAUCCUAGUGUCGUGGUCUAUCGGAAGCCCGGUUCAUUACGCCGGAUGGCACUGUUCUUGGUGCUUCAGACCUGAAGGGAUUUAUCACAAACUUGUAUCGGCCCAGAACGGGGACUUUCCACGCUGGGGUGAUUACAGUGAUAAACUCAAGCUAAAUUAUAUUGAAAAUUUAAUACGGACAGGUGGGUGGUUUGAUGGCUCCACACCACAGUACCCACCCACAGACCACAAAGAGCACAUGUAUGCUCCAAAAUACCUACUGGAAAACUAUAAAAAAUAUAGCUACUUGCUAAAAAACCCGUAUGCAAAAGAGCAAGAACCUGAGAAAAGGUCCCGUCAAAAGGAUUUUGUGUAAAUUUUUUUCUUUGUGCUGUACUAGUGUAAUAUGCAGAUAUGUUUAUGUUAAAUGUGAACAGGGUGGCACUAUCGAAACAACGAAAAGUUUUUCUAGGGAAGUCGCGUCACUGCGCCGCCACUGUGGCCGAAAUCGCAUACUGUGACAAUAGGUACUGAAUUAGAUGAAGUACCUACUUAUCUACUUUAAAACAAUAAGUAUCUAUAUAGUAUGAAUAUGCAUAGUAAGAGUGAAUUCGAACGUACCACAUCCAUGGCGAAUGUAAAUGCAUCACGUGACAUACGUCAACAAGUUAGUCGUUAACUGGAAUGACGUUAAACAAACGUAAUUUAAACACAAGGGAUAGCGGUUAAAUAUAUUUAUUUGCAUUUGAAUAGAGACGCGUUUUUUGAAUAAAACUACGCCCCUUUGUCGUCUUUUUUGCUGGAUAACUCCUCUCCUGGGGAUCACGGGAUAGCAAAGCGUCCAUCGAAUAAACACUUCGGAAUCUUGUUGGAAGUAGAAGGUCAUUCAGGUACUUUUCGCCUUCUGUUUUUAGAAAAUUAUGAAUUCGCACAUACUUGCUAACCCUAACCCUACUAUAUAGUAUGGAAGUAGACAGUUUUCAAUGGCGGCACUAGAGCGGACAUAUUUUACUGCUGAGAUCUACCCCAUUCAUAUCAAUACCAGUGACGAAGCGUGUUAUUAUUAAAUUAUCGUGGUAUUAUUAUCUUUGAUACAACAUUGACUCAACCAAUGGCGUGAAUUUGAGGGUGGAACCCAUACUGCGUAAAGCUGCGGUCACACUAGACUUUGGGUAUGCGAGAAUUUGUCGGACGUUGCUGCCGGCAGGGUGCAGCUCAUCGAUAUGAUCAGUGUUGGGGAAAGUUACUUUUAAAAGUAAUGCAUUACAAUAUUAAGUUACUCCCAAAAAAGUAACUAAUUGCAUUACUUAGUUACUUUUCAUGGAAAGUAAUGCUUACGUUACUUUUGCGUUACUUUUUCUUGGCCGAGGCUUGAUCUCUUUCAGGCCUUGCAUGUGUUUUUUUAUGACUGAAAAGUUCUGCAUUCCCAUAUUUUAUUACAAAAAUGUCGAACUCUGGCGUGCCAUCUCAGUUUCUGACUCAAACAGUUCCCACACAGGCGUGUACGCAUAGAGUGCAUAAUGUGACUACGUUUAGUUUAAUUCAGUAUUUAUUCAUAUUUUUAUUGAAUUAAACUAAAAAAGUUACUUACAUUACUUUUUUGAAAAAGUAACUCAAAUAUUAAAGUGUACAUUUAAAAACUAAUGCGUUACUUUACUCGUUACUUCAGAAAAGUAAUAUUAUUACGUAAUGCACCUUACUCGUACCCCCAACACUGGAUAUGAUCUUUGCCUUUAUUUAUUUGUGCUUUUUCAGUAGAGAGAAAGGCCACUGGUCACAACGCUCCACGUGAUACGAAUUCGCAGCGAAAUAUCGUCGCACGAGCUUGCGUAUGAAUGGAAGUCAAUGAAGCGAAAUGUCUAGUGUGACUGGACCUUAAAUUUAACAUAAAACAAAUAGUAUUUAGAUGAUUCAGUUAUAUAAAGGUAAAUAUUUAUUCAGUGUGAAUGGUGUAAAGGAAAACGUGAAGCAUGACAAUCCUUUAGCGCCCAAAGGUUAGUCAUGCACGCAACGGCUGCAAUAUUGAGCGCAUUAGAGGCACAUCGUUACUGCCAUUUUAUUGCACUUAAAGGGGCACGACUACUAACACGAUAUGUGUAUUAAUGCUUCUGUAAAACAUUUACCUGAGAAAAAAGACAGAACUUAACACUUAAUUACGGUUAAUAGGUUGCUGCUUCAGUCGAGAAAUUGCUUACAACACUUUUAGUCGAUCAAAAGACAAGACACGUGUGUAUGGUUUUAUGAUUCAUCAGUUUAAAGCUUUAAACGUUAACAACAAAACAAACCUCUAUUACAGCAGCUACUGCAUUUUUGUCUGCUGAACGAAAGAUCUGACUUAUGCUGUUCUUUAGCUGUCGUAUAUCUGAAAUGUAACAUGUCAGAUGAGGGAAAAUUAACAUGUUUAUAAACAGCACAUGAACGAACACGUGCGCUCUCUGAUGUUGUGUUCACCUCUGGGAAGUUUGGAAAUAUUUUUGAUAGCCAAAUUCUUGAGACGGGCGGGCCUUAAAAUUAAAAAUGGCAGAUGGGAGGAUUUAUGUUGUGGCAUAUGCUAAAUUAGUUUUUAUGUGCAACAGCUUCAUUGCUUGUAUGAACCUGUUAUUCUCCAUUCAUUCCAACAACAAAGCACCUGAACAAAACAAGCUCGUAAAUCAUAAAAUUUUACAAAAUUACAAAGUAUGCAUUUUUAUCAGUAUAUGUGUUCCUUGGAUUCAAACCCAUGACCUAUUGUGCUGCUAACGCAAUGCUCUAUGACUGAGCAAUACAACAUAAUUCCCAGAAGUGGGAAUUAUCAAAUUUCCCAUAUAGCCUGAAGGCAGCAUUAGGGUGCAUUAUCCAAACCAAGGAAGCCAUAUGACUGAAACGUAAAGCAACCAAUCACGUUUUGCCUUGCAUGUUCGGAUCGAAUAAAAUACAGUGCGAGUGUAAACUUGUGGGGAGGGGGGAACAACAGCGCUUGGACACGGUUCAAUGCAACCAUGCCAAAUGUGAGUACGCCCUUAGUUUUCGCGUCUGAGCUCGUCUUUUGAAGAAAAGCGAGCAAAGUUUGUUUCCCAUUGUAUUAGUCAGGACAGCCAGGUCUGAAUUGGUAUUUCAAUGUAGUAAAGUACAUUUAACACAGUAUUAGUUAGAAACAACAUUACAUACGAUGCAGAAUAAGUAAACGUAUUUGUGAACCAAGCCACAAAGCAAGAGGUAUAACGUUGUGCGGAUGUGGUCCGCACGCAGGCCACAUGUUUAGUAACGUCAUGUGUCAGAUGUUGAACGUGGGGUGGGACUUUUGUAUUCAGUGGAUUGUAAAAAAUGGUGGUUGAGUAUAUAUUAGACAAGAGGGGAGGGACUAAAAAACGACAGCAGAUAAAAGGGAAGUUGUUUAGAGGCUAAAUAUGUUUUUUUAAUUCUUUAAAAGGUUAUAAAGCUUUUUUUAAGAAUAGCACUGAAUCACACACACACAAGACCAAGUAAUGUGUAUAAAUAGGGAAAUAGAGUUCAUUUUAAUUCGUGUUUACUUUAAAAGCGGCCAAACCCUUCCCCUUUCAUGCGUGUAUUUACACAUAAUGUUGCCUUAUAUACCACUGAAUGUUAACAGCUACCACAUUACAAUGCUUAGAACAAUAUGUGACCCUGUCUGUGACAUCCAAACUUAAGUCUUUAAUUUAAAAAUGUAAUAAUGCAUCAAAGUUUUAUUUUAAUCUUGACCUUACUCUGUCAAUAUUAUAAAAUAUAAAAACAUAAAUCACAAAUAAAUGACUUUAGCUGGGCUUUAACAGGAAGUGUCACAUAUAGUUUUUUUUUUUUUUUGCAUCAAGGAACUAACUCUGACUUGGUUAUGUAUUGAAAACGUGAUGUUUUGUGGGUCAAAUGCCUUGUUUUACAAGAUCUCAGGUAGAAGUCUCAUAAAGAUGACAUGAUUUAGAAAAAAACGCUUUGUUUAUAACCGAGGUCACUCGGUGGGUGGCUGCUUUUUUGCAACAGGGAAUCUUUUCAACCCCAUUACCUGAGAUCCUCAGAGGGGCAGAAUGAUGAAAUUAAAACCGAGCUUUUUAUAAGGCUUCAAUUUUAUAGUGGUAUGAGUCAGGGAUCAUUGUGUACAAACCUGUUUAGGAGAACAAUGUUAUCUUUGUUAAUCCUGUUAAAGAGGUUUUUUUCUUACUAUCUGAUGACACUCGUGAAUGUUUACAUUUGUAAAUUAUGCAGAACGUUUGCACUUCCUUCAUCUAAAUUAAAAGCCAUAAUUUGCGAGAGUACAGUA